AUGGAACCCGUCCCCGAGUCACGUAUGCAAUCCUUCGAGGAGAUCUAUGGGCCACCGGAGAAUUUCCUCGAGAUCGAAGUGGGAAACCCUCAAACACAUGGAACCUCCCGAAACAUGUAUACCUCGUAUGAGAUCACCUGCAAAACCAACAUUCCCGCAUUCAAGUUGAAAAGCUCCAUUGUGCGCCGUCGCUACUCCGACUUUGAAUAUUUCCGUGAUAUUCUCGAGCGCGAGAGUACCAGGGUGACCAUUCCCCCGCUGCCGGGGAAGGUGUUCACCAACCGAUUCAGCGACGACGUCAUCGAGCACCGUCGCGAGGGGCUCCAGCGAUUCCUGGAAAUUGUUGCAGGGCAUCCGCUGCUGCAGACCGGAAGUAAAGUGCUGGCUAGUUUCAUACAGGACCCGAACUGGGACCGCAAUGCGUGGUAG